AUGGCCAAAACCCUCACUCCCAAGAAGGUUACCAAGCCCUCUUCUGCCCAAGGCACUCCCAGCAAGGCCACAAAGCCCAAGGACGCCAACAUCGACAAGGACCUCCUCUUUCUUUGGUCUUGUCUCAAGACUGCAGAAGUUCAAUUUGACUUCCCGGCAGUUGCUCAAGGCCUCGGCAUCAAGACCAAUGCCGCCCGUAUGCGCUACAUGCGUCUGAAAUCCAAGAUCGAAGCUAUGGACAACGAGGCACAGAAGGGCACUGCUAAGACUGAGCUUGAGGACAACGGCCAGCCUGAGAGCGAGAGCCACGAGCAGCGCAAGGUGAAGGAGGAGAUGGAGGAUGAUGAGGCAGCUCAGCUAUGA